AUGGCUCUCUCUCCAGCAUGGUAUCAGUUCCUGGUCGGCGUGUUCGCCUCCCUUGGUUCAUUCCUUUACGGAUAUGAUUUGGGUGUUAUUGCCGAGGUCAUCGCAUGCGAUUCUUUCAUUGCCAAGUUUGCUGCAAACUCUACACAAAGUGGUUUGGUCGUGUCCAUGUUCACAACCGGUGCCUUUUUUGGCGCUGGUUUUGCUGGUCCCAGUGGUGAUUACCUUGGUCGCCGAAAGACAAUCUCCCUGGGCUGUCUGCUGUUCUGCUUGGGAGGUGGUCUUCAGACCGGUGCUCGGAACCUCCAGUUCUUAUACACUGGUCGAUUCUUUGCUGGCUUUGGUGUUGGUUUCCUUACCAUGAUCAUCCCACUGUACCAAGCCGAGAUCUGUCACCCUAGUAUUCGUGGUCGAGUGACAGCCCUGCAGCAAUUUAUGCUUGGCGUGGGAGCUCUUUGCGCCUCGUGGAUCUCCUAUGGCACAUUUAUUGGAUUUUCUUCCACCCAGGAUGCCCAAUGGCAACUACCACUGGGGCUUCAGAUGCUCCCUGCUGUAUGCCUUGGUCUGUUGAUCAUGUUCUUCCCCGAGUCCCCUCGUUGGCUCAUGGACCAUGGUCAAGCCGAAGAAGGCCUCAAGACCUUGGCCAAACUCCAUGCCAAUGGUAAUGAAAACGACACCUGGGUACAGGCAGAGUACUCCCAGAUCCAGGAGAGCAUUACCUUCGAGCACGAGCACGAAGCCAAGUCAUACAGCGAACUGUUCACCAACCGGUCUUCCUUCCGCCGUCUGUUCCUUUGCUGUGCCCUUCAAGCUUCGGUUCAGAUGACAGGUGUCUCAGCCAUCCAGUACUACUCCGUCACAAUUUAUGAGCAGAUCGGUAUCUCCGGCGAAGCCACCCUCCGCUACCAGGCUAUCAACUCGAUCAUCGCCCUUGUCGCCCAAUUCCUCUGCAUCCUGUUCAUCGAUCGCUUCGGUCGUCGCUGGACCCUCAUCGGAGGAAAUCUCGGCAACAUGGUCACCUUCAUCGCCGCAACAGUCCUGCUCGCCAAAUACCCUCCUACCACCAACAGCCCAGGCGCUCACUGGGGCUUUAUCAUCAUGACCUGGCUUUACAACUUCUCGUUCAGCGCGACUUGUGGUCCGUUGUCUUGGAUCAUCCCAGCCGAAGUGUUCGAUACACGAACUCGUGCAAAGGGUGUCUCGAUCGCGACUAUGACCUCGUUCGCGUUCAACACCAUGAUCGGCCAGGUUACCCCCAUUGCUAUGGAUACCAUCCAUUACAAAUUCUACUUCCUGUUCGUGAUCUGCAAUUUCACCAAUGCGGUGUUCUUCUAUGCGCUCCUGCCGGAGACUAAGAAGGUGCCGCUCGAGGAGAUGAACUACAUGUUCUCACAUGCGCCGUGGAUUGUGCCCGGUAGCAAGAAGGAGGACUACUUGCCGCAUGAUCUGGAGCGCAAGGUUGAGGAGCAGGAGGUUAAGCAGAGUGCGAUGCAUUAUGAGUAA